AUGGCGCGGUGGACGACGACGGCGCGCGCGCGGGCGCCGGCGCGGGCGCGCGCGCGGGCGGUGCGCGCGGUGGUCGGGCGUCGCGCGGGGCGCGCGGGCGCGGCGCGUCCGCGCGCGGGCGCGGCGUCGCCGACGACGCGGGCGAAGAGGGACGGGACGGAGGAACAGGGCGCGACCGCGUCGUCGUCGACGUCGAGGGCGUCGAUGGAGGCCGCGCGGGGGCGGGCGCGGGUGCGGGAUGGGAGGGUGGACGGGCGCGGCGCGGCGUUGGACGACUAUCGCGCGCGAUGGGACGUUCCGUGGGACGGUGGGACGGUGACGGUGGGGAUACUCGGGUGGUCCGUCGCUUUCGUUGGCGUCGCGGCGCUCGCGGGACCGGUCGCGUUGAGCGUUUUGGGGGUCGAUCCGGCGUCGAUGUCGGUGACGGAGCGGGCGGAGUACCUGCUCGGCGUGCAGGUGGCGGAGACGGCGACGAGUCUGGGACUGGUGUACGCGUUGUUGUCCCCGUACGCGGAGACGAUUCAAGAAGAGGGUAAUGAUUGGUUUAAAAUCGAUUUCUCCGAGCCGUUUGAGCGCGAACGCGGGUGGGCGAAGUACGGAUUGAUCGGUUACGCGACGACGUUUCUGGCGCUCGCGGCGACUGGAUUCGCGCUCGAUUUCUUCGAGCGCGCGAGCGGGGGACAACAGGCGGUGGAGGCGGCGGCGAAGCAGGCGGGGACGAUCGACGGCGUUUUGCCGCUCAUUCAAGGGGACUCGGGGACGAUGAUCGCGGUGUUGACGGUGACGAGCGUCCUCGCGCCGCUCCUGGAGGAGGUCGUCUUUCGCGGAUUUCUCCUCGCGUCGCUCACCAAGUGGUUACCCACCCCGGGAGCCGUGCUCUUCAGCAGCGUCUUGUUCGCCUGCGCGCACUUGGCGCCGAGAGAUUUCGUGGAGCUAACCGUCCUCGGGAUGGUUCUCGGUUUCUCCUACGCGCGGACGCGAAAUUUGCUCACGCCAAUGUUGAUUCACUCGCUGUGGAAUAGCGGCGUGUUGGUCGUGCUUGCGAUCGCGAUCAAGCUCGACGUAGCGCACGAGCUUGGUGUGCCGGGUUUCUAA